AAGUUCAAAAGCUAGCGGUAUCUGUAAAAUACCAUGACCAUUAACAACCAGCAGCUAGGAAACACAUGCUCCAAAACUACCACCAUCAGACAGUGACAGACCCUGAACACACCCACUCCUCAUCAUCUAACUCUCAAGACGAGCAAAGGAGCUACCAGUCAGAGAUAGAUGAGGGGGACGUACAGCCAGAGGAAACAGACACACAACACCUAACAGAGAUGUCUGGUGGUCCCCUCUCCUGCUUCUCCAAACAGGGAAUACUCCUACUCUCUAUCCUCCACUAUGGGAUCUGGGCUGAAGUCACAAAGGAGAAGUAUGGAUUGAAGGGGGGUUCGGUGUGCCUGCCUGUAGAAGAACCACCGGAGGAGCUUGCAAGCCAAAGUUGGAAGGUCAAUAGUACCAUAAUAGUUGCUGACAAAAUGGUCUCUCCUAAAUACAUGGAGAAAGUGGAAUAUAAUCCAGUGAACCACUCUCUGUGCAUUAAGAAUCUGAGUGAAAAAGACAGGGGAACUUACAUUGCAACCUAUGAGAGAAAUUGGGAAGAGUCAACUACUACAUACAUACUAACAGUACAGGCGCCUAUAUCCAAGAUGGUUAUCCAGACGGACAUCAAGCUAUUGGCCAACCAGUCCUGUUCAGUGUGGCUGCUGUGCAACGUGUCAGUCUGCUCCAACCUCUCCUACACCUGGGAGAGAGGGAAUGAGACGUACAGGGACGACCAGCAGAUACACUUCUCUCUGUCACCAGCAGACGGAGACAUCAGUGUAACCUGCACUGCCUCCAACCUAGUCAGUGAGAAAUCUGCCUCCACAACAGUGAAGUGUAGUAAUGACACAACCACCCCAGGGCGGGUGUGGUAUAGCAUCUGCAUCGGAGUGUCAGUGGUGCUGAUCCUCAAUGUAGCUGUGGCAGUGUAUUACUGCAGGGGCCGCCGUAACACGGCAUAUCAAAUUGACAACACAAUAUAUUCGGAUGUUAUGGGCAACACAACAAUUAAAGAUACAAGAGGGACUGUGGAUGACCUGGCUGACCCAAGACUGAACAAGCCUCAGACUCUGUAUGACACGAUCAAAAUUGGACGCCCAAUAGCGCCCUCUUCUGCCUACCAGGAAGUACUGUGAGCUGAGCAGGUUAUGGUCAUAGGAUUGGCCAUAUAUUUCUGCAUCAUCUGCACCCUAGGCUACAUUCUGUAGAUAGAUGUUACUGUUCAGUUUUAUCAAGACCUGCACAUUUCUGAAAUGUUUGUGCAUAUUUUUUUUCUGAUUGCAUUUUUUACAUUUUUAGUCAUUUAGCAGACGCUCUUAUCCAGAGCGAUUUACAGUUCAUG